AUGGUGAAAAAAAAAAGAAUGAUUUUGCCCAGGAUCGAACUGGGGACGUUCUGCGUGUUAAGCAGAUGCCAUAACCAACUAGACCACAAAACCUUUCUUAUGAGAUAA